GACCGGUUAGUUAUAAUUGGGGGAGAAGGAGGAGGCUCACCUGAUACUUGGAAGCCGAGGCGGAACAUCGAUCCGGACUCCAUAAGCCGUCUUAAGCACAACCUCAACUUGUCCUAGCUCGUCUCCCUCCAAACCUGUCUUACCAUCCCCGCCCACCGUCGAAAUCCUUUGGGUAGAUCUCACCUAACCUACCUACCUAUUUGCUCGCCUCCUCACCUCGCCUACCACCGCCUCCCCGCCAUCGCGCGAAUGCUCUCCGAACUCCUGGCCCCGUACUACCCCGCGGUGGAGGACCGCGCCCCGCUGCCGGCCCUGUACUUGCCGGGCGCCUUCGCGGCCGUCGGGCUCGGGUACUACCUGCACCACCGGGGCGCGACGUCGCGCACGGCGCGCCGCGACGCCGGCGUCCGCGCCCUCGUUGUGGGCUGCCUGCUCGCGCGCCUGACCCUGCAGCGGCCGCGCUACGCCGUCGGCGCCGGCGCCAGCCCCACCGCCGACUACACCUCCGUCGGCCACACCAUCACCCAGCUCGUCGCCUUCCUCGACUUCACCACCGCGCCCGGCGGCCCGCCGCGCUUCGUCGGCAGGCGCCGCCUCGGCGGGGCCGGCGAUCGAGAGGGCGCGGCGGAAGGGGGGCGAGGGGACGCCCGGGAGGGAGGCGGCGAGGGGGGCCGUCGAGGAGCGGGAGAUAGGGCGGCGCCCGCGGCGAGCCUCGUCUGGGCCCUGCGCCUCCUCGCGAGCCCGCGCGGCGUCGGCUGGGACUGGGAGGUGAAGGGCGUGCCGGCGCACGCGCACGCGGGCCUGUCGCGGCGGCGCUUCGCCGCGCGCCGCGCCGCCGAGGCGCUGCUGCGGCUCGCGCUCAAUGCCCUGGCCGUGUGCUGCAUCGGGCUCUGCGACGCCGCCGCGGGCGCGCCGCUGCCCGCGCCCCUCCUCGACGCCGCGCGCACCUGGUGCGGCAUCGCCUGGAGCUUCCACCUCAUCGGCGCGACGCACGCCGCCGCCGCUGCCGCCUCCGUCCUGCUCGGCGCCAGCGAGCCCUGGGAGUGGCCCCCCGUGUUCGGCCCGCUCGGCGAGGCGUGGUGCGUCCGGCGCGCGUGGAGCACCACGUACCAUCAGCUUCUCCGAAGAACCUUCCAGGAGCCCGGCAUCCGGCUCGCGCGGGGGCUCGGGCUGCGGAAGGGCACGCUGGGGUCGCGCUACGUGCAGCUGUACGUGGCCUUCCUGCUCAGCCUCGCGGUGCACUGGUGGCAGGCGUUCGCCGUCGCGCGGCGCGGCGGCGACGAGCUCGCCUUCUUCGCGACGCAGCCGCUCGUCAUCACCGUCGAGGACGGCGCGCGCUGGGCCUGGGGCCGCGCCGUGCCGCCCGGCAGGCGCGGCCCCCGCCUGCGCCGCCUCGAGCGCGCCGCCGGCUACGCCUGGACCGUCGCCGCCUUCACCCUGACCGCCCGCCCGCUCAUGCGCGCCUGGGUCCGCCUCGGCGUCGUCGGCAACGCCGGCCCCGAGGAGCGCCUCGCCCUCCGCUGCGGCCGGGCCGCGGCGGAGGCGCUCCGGCGUCGCGGCGGGCGGUCCGAGGCGCGGUAGCGGGUGUGCGGAUGCUGUCGCAGAGAGAGAGGCCAAAAUCGAAAUCAACUAAUACAAUAUACCUAGGUACUCGUCGGAAAUGUUUGGGACCGUCUGUGCCGUGCCGGACCGCGCUCUCGAUAGACGAGUCGAAGGUCUACGCUGCCGCCGGCCCCCUGGAAUCCUCGUCGCCUUUCCUCUGCUUCACGGUGGCCCGUAGAAUCAUCCUCAGCAAUACCGGCGACACUGCCGGAGAAUCGGAAGGGCGUGGAUGCCUCGGAUAAGUGGAGUUGCUGGAUUCUAUGUCCAGAUGCAUGCCUCCUCCCUCCGUCCUGCCGUUCUAUAGUCAGAAUAGCAACCAGAUACCUCCCAUGAUUUGUAUAUCACCUUAGUCAUCCUAGAAUCUUCUUAGAAAUUACGGACUAUACCACCACUAGAGGCGUGUUCUAAUGUACGUGUACAUGUACCAAGAUAAC